UUUGAGCACUGCCGUGGUUAUCGAAUUGAACACAAAAAAUACAUCGAUUCACUUCGUAAGGAAUGCGCCGUGGGCAUUCUCUCCGAAAUGUCGGUGAAGUAUCCGGGGAAAGGAUCGCCUGCUCAGAAGGUGAAGGAGAAGCGUGAGGCGCUUCUGAAAAGCACCUUGCGUUGUGUUGACCUUGAUGAGUUUCUUGCUGCCCGAUAA